AAGAACUGCCUUUCUUGGAAUAGAACCUUUCUUUCACUCUUUGUAGCGCCACUCCUCCCCACAAACUCUCUGCCCUCGACAGGCACCCUGCUUAGAGAGGACCCCCAUUCUUCGGCGCCGCGGAGGAAUGUCAAACUAGGAGGAAAACCAACAUGGCAGACGGUCGCGUAAUGAAAUCGUUGGAGAGGGAUGGUGGCAUCGUGAUCAGAGAUGAUUGGCCAGGCUACGGUUUGGAUCUGUUUACCUACCCAGAGCGCUAUUCUGGAGACCUGGAGUGUGUUUACAUUCCCCAUGGGGUUAUCAUGGACCGGACAGAAAGGUUAGCGAGGAACAUCAUGGACGACCUGGGCGACCAUGACAUUGUAGUGCUGUGUGUGCUGAAGGGGGGCUUCCAGUUCUGCGCUGACCUGCUGGAGUGCAUCAAAGCCUUGAACCGAAACUCCAACAAGUCUCUGCCCAUGAGGGUGGACUUCAUUCGCCUCAAGAGCUACCUGAAUGACCAGUCCACGCCAGACCUCCACAUAGUUGGUGGGGAAGACCUCUCUGUGCUAAACGGCAAGAAUGUCCUGAUUGUGGAGGCUAUAGUGGAUACUGGAAAGACCAUGAAGGCUCUCUUGAGUCAUGUCGAAGCCUUCAAGCCCAAAAUGAUCAAAGUGGCCGGGCUACUGGUGAAGAGGGUACCAAAUGGUUCUGGAUGCCAACCAGACUAUGUUGGCUUUGAGAUACCUAAUCGGUUUGUGGUUGGAUACGCCUUGGACUACAACGAGUACUUCAGGGAUCUCAAUCACAUUUGCGUGAUCAGCGAGAGUGGGAAGCAGAAGUAUAAGGUCUGACGGCAUUCCCUGAACCACCCUCCACAGCGAGACUCAACAAGAUCCCAAAUAGUGGUAGAUUGCACCGGUUGGAAGACACACACAGAGAGCUGCAAUCGAGGUCUGCGUCAAAGAAGAUGCUUGUUCUAUUCUCUUAGAGUUCGGUUGGUGGCACUCCUGCAGCAUAACAGAGAAAAACCACUCUGAUCAGAAUAGGCUGACUCUGAGUACAGUAAAGAGUAUGCCGGGAUAGGUCCAUUACUUCUCAUGGGACAAUUGUGCUGAAAUAUUUUAAUAAUGGUCAUAAGUAUUUUGUUAUCCCACUGAGCUGUUACUUAGAUCCAUAUGACUUCACAUAAAAACUAAGCUAUGAUAUGAUGCAUCUGAGUUCCAAGUUCAGUAGUCUGGUCUUUGGUCUAAGUUUAAAAAAAAAAAAACAUUAACUAACACCUCUCUUCAUCCCAGGAUAAUUUGUGUAACUCAGUGGCACAGCUACUACCACAGUGUACAAAAGCUUUGCUUGCUUAGGCACGUGUUACCGAACACCUCAUCCUUUCAACACCUCAUCUUUGUAUUUCCUCCAUAUUGUAUGUUUCUUCUGUAUGGAGGGACAAUUUAUCAUACACUGGAUCAUCUGCGACUUCAUUGUCAAGUUGAUGUACAUCACUGAAAGACAUAAUAAACAUUGGACUCUAUUUUCUUUUCCAUUCAAA